GUUGGCAUCCAACCCUGCAAUGUGUUCGUCAUGGCUCCAAGGCUGUCACCCGGCACAGGAAAGCAAUGCAUUUUGAGAGACAGAAGCUUAUGGCACUGACAGAAUACAUUGCACCCAAACCAGUUAUCCCAGAGAGGUGCAUCACCCCAAGGACCAAACCCAGUGAAAGCAAAGAGGAUAAUCCCUUGGAGAGACUUCUGUGCUCCCAGCUGGACAAGGUUGUCAGAGAAUGUAAAAUGGUGGCAGUGUUUCAGCGCAAUGCAGCUGGGUCUGAGGACUUGUUACAUUUGAGACACAGACUGCGGAAGCAUGAUGUUUACAUCAAGUAUUUUUCUAAUGAGGUUGUGAAAAAAACCUUGCCUCAGUCCCCUCUCUGUAACAUGCUGCCUCUCUUCAUUGGUCAGACUUUUCUGAUAGUCAGUCACGAGGUUAAGGUGAAGGAGAUGCUGCAGAGUGUGCGUAGCCUACCUCAGAUCCAGCUAUUGGGUGCAUGCAUUGAGCACAGUCUUCUCAGCCGGCAGGGUGUUUUGAAUUACUCCAAACUUCCUAGUAAGGAUGUUCUUCAGGCUCAGCUAGUGGGAACCCUGACACUGAUGGCAUCACAAACUUGUUCUCUUCUUACACAGCACUCUGCACAACUUUGCUCUAUAUUGGAGCUUCAUGUAAAAGAACAAAGCAAGGAGCAGCCUAAACCCUGAGGAAACCUUUGUGAAAACUAUGUUUAACUUUUCCUAGAUGAAUGCUGGACUUUUGGAAUAAAAAAGAAGAUAUGUGUAUAAAA